AUCACAGAUAUCAUAUAUUAGGUUUUAAAUCCCAACAGAAAUAAUGUUAUAGUUAAAAUCAGGUUUUACACCUGUAAGAUUAAAAUCAAGUAACAAAAACUAUCGACACUAACGCGAAACCAGCGAGUGUCAUCGCUAAGGGGGAUCAGCUGUUUGCCAACAUGAUACGAAAAGCCGUGACUUAGUGCGAUAUUUUUUAAAGACGAAACUUCAGCGAUUUAUACCAAAUGAGAAGCGAUGCACUCUCUAUGAUAUUUGGUAUUUUUCACCCCGCCUACGGUCACACUCCACGCAACCUCUGGCAAAAAACUAAAAAUAUGCCAUAAAAAGCGAGAAUCGAAGUUGUUUAUAUAUCUUUCGCGGAUUACAAAGUGCGUAGCCGCCGCGCGCCUUCCAGAGCGACACCGACCACACACGCCCGCCGCCCGAAAACACACAGAAAACCGGCAGAAAAAUGGCAGAUCCGCUCAGCCUGCUUCGGCAGUACAACAUAAACAAAAAGGAGAUUGUCGAGCGAGACAGCCAGAUUAUCUUCGGCGAGUUCUCCUGGCCGAAGAGCGUGAAGACCAACUAUCUCAAAUAUGGAUCCGGUAAGAAGGGCGCUCCACGUGAGUACUACACGCUGGAGUGCCUGCUGUACCUGCUCAAGAAUGUGAUGCUGCAACACUCGGUCUACGUGCGACAGUGCGCCGCCGAGGAUAUACCCGCUGUGAAUCGGCCGGAUCGUAAAGAGCUCCUGGCCUAUCUGAAUGGCGAGACGCCAACGUGUGCCAGCAUCGACAAGAGUGCCCCGCUGGAAAUCCCCACUCAGGUGAAGCGUGCCGCCGAGGGUGAACCUUCCAGCGUUGAGGUGGCUGCCAAGAAGGCCCGCUUCGAGGAGACUCAAGUGCAGAAGGUGCGCGAGCAAUUGGCCGCCCGAUGGGAUGUCAACCAGAAGGAGACCGCUGUCAACAUGGACAACAUCAAGUCGCUGUCCGAGACGAUGUCCGUUGAGAAGAUCGCCGCCAUCAAGGCAAAGCGUCUGGCCAACAAGCGAACGACCAUUAAAAGGACGGACAAUGACGAGGCCAUGGGAACUGAUUUGCGUGCCAUCCUGGACUAUGAUGUGGACUCCACAAAGGACAUUAUCAGCAGAGAACGGCAGUGGCGCACGCGAACUUCGAUUCUGCAAAGCACGGGCAAGAUCUUUGCCAAGAACAUCUUUGCUAUGCUUCAGGGCAUCAAGGCGCGCGAGGAGGGACGCAAUCGUCCACAGGUGCCCAAUCCCAUUAAGAUGCCGGAGCCGGCUCGAAUAGCCAAACCACAACCGCAGCUCUCGCAAUACAACCGUUACGACCAGGAGCGCUUCAAUCGGCAAAAGGAGGAGACCGAGGGCUUUAAGAUCGACACGCUCGGCACAUACCACGGUAUGUCGCUGAAAUCCGUGACGGAGGGCUCACUGGCUCAGCGUAAGGCGCAGGCUAACAACCUACCGGGAGCACCGGGUGUAAUAGCGGGAGCAGCCGCCGGGCGGCCCAAGGAAUUGCUACCUGCGGCCCAAGCUCGGCAACUGCCCGCCAAUGGUCCAUCGAAGCGAACAUCUCGCACCCCCAUUAUUAUCAUACCGUCUGCCAACACAAGCCUCAUUACCAUGCUCAACGCGAAGGAUAUCCUGCAGGAACUGCGCUUCAUGUCCACCUCGGAUAAAAAGCUGCAGGGCUGCCAGCGCGAAUGCGAAGUGCUGUUACAGCGAAAACGCAACAAUCAGACUGUGUCUUACCGGGUGAUAGAUAAUCCCACCAAGCUCUCGCAACAGGAGUGGCAACGGGUGGUGGCCGUCUUCGUUAUGGGACCCCAGUGGCAGUUCAAGGGCUGGCCUUGGGAAGGCAAUCCCGUCGAUAUAUUCUCAAAAAUUUGCGCUUUUCAUUUGUGCUUUAGCGAAAUGAAAUUGGACUCAAACGUGGAGCGCUGGUCAGUGACGCUACUCCGACUAUCGCAAAACAAGCGUCAUAUGGAUCGGGCAGUGCUCAGCAAAUUUUGGGAAACUUUGGACAAAUAUAUAGCCAAGUACAAGCCCGAUUUACGAUAUUAACCCUCACCGCAUUCUUAAACGUUCUGCUGAAACACGACACCUGCUGUUUUCAAUCCCACUCCCAAGUAGUUACCAUUAUUAUAGACAGGCUGUACUACAUUAUGCAACAAACGACGCAAAUAGUAUGUUACAGUGUGCGCCCAACUUCCGUAGGAAAGACACCAAGCCGAAUCUGGGGCAUUUGGCCAGUUCCAGUGCGAGUUUCCGAUUAGAGCCCGACCAGGAUUAUCUCGCUUUUGGCAACAGCAUUAUAAGUCGCAGGCCUGCGAUCGUGCAAAUAGGCCCAAAUACGCAGUUAGUAGUUAAGAUAAAGUUUUUCGUUCAAAUUGUACAAUGUAAACUACAAAACACAAACAUCUGAGAGCAAGUAUCCUUUGUAUUUUUAGUGAUAAUAAACAGUUAAAAGCC